AGUGUCAGUAGGUACGAACGAACAAACGAAUAUCUCGUUCGAUCGAACAACUUUGAUGCAAGUAUAUAUAUAUGACUUGUCCUUCCUGAGUAUAAAGUUCCAUCGUUGCAACGCAUUCCUGGUCACGUCCAUUGACUGGCAUACACCCAGACUCUUCAGAUCAGUCAAUGACUAAUCGAGUUGAGGGAGGAAAAAAUGUUUUUCAGUGAGCAAAUCCUAAUGAUAUACGUUACAAAGCCCCUUUACAUCCUAUCCAUGCAGCCUCUUGAGAAAUUGCAAAAGAACAGCACACUCCGAAAAACGUGCCGACUGUUUCCUGACAUCCUCUCCAGGUGGGCUUCGCUAGGUAACAUGACGUAAUGCCGAACGUCGCAAACCUCAUCUGCAUAAUCAGUCAGGAUAUACGUAUCAAGUUUCUUUUGAGAGGGGAUGAAAGGAAGGUGGAUUAGAGGACAGGAUGUUUUUCAAAGGCAUGGAAGGGACCGACGUUUCAAGAACGGAGCUGCUAUCGGCAAGUGUACUUUUAAUCAGCUUUAAGACGUCAGCAUCUAACCAACUUCAAGGUGGGUCCCUGGCACUUGUGAUAUCUAAUAAGAACACAUUUUACUCUGCCCAAUGGUGCCACGGUGAUAUAGACCGCUCGUUGGGAAUUAUCAUGUUAUUAAACCUGGAUACCAGACAGUGGGUUUGAUCCACUCAUACCGGGGAGGAUCCCUACUGUACUCUCCACCCCUACGCAUGCAUGCAACUCCCCAGUAGGUCCCUUAAAACUAGAGUCCGUCAAUGUCUAAAAUGACAAUUAUUUCAUUUCGUUAGAAAAUGUAAAAUCACUUCAGUUGACUUAAAUGCAAAUAACUUGACAUCUGUUGGCGCAGCUUCUACAUUAUUGCUCGCAGUGACAGGUGUGUUUUUGGUAGUCAGCACCUGUCUUAUCUUACAAGUGCACAUUCCACCACGAUGUCCCAUAAUAGCAUGUUACAUGCAGACCGCUCAUUGCGAACAAUUGUCCACAAUUCAGCACAGCACGUCCGUGCCACAAGCGAUUCGGAGAUGAAAAAUGUCCCUGAUACAGGAGGAGUUCCACUGUGCAGUUGAUGAGUUGAACCGUGAAAUCUUCAAACAAUGUACCUGGGCACGUUUUCUUGCCUACCGUGUGAUCAAUAAAGACUGUUCUUGUCACAUAACGACGUUAUCAUCUUACACAGAACAAAUAAACCAUGAUGUCCACGAGCAGCGCAACUCAGGAAGCCACGGACGGUCUUGUCAACAUCUUCAGUGACAACAUUACUUCUGCUCCGGAAUCAAACAUGACCAACGCAACGUUACAGCUGCCGUUCAUCAAGAACAGUCAGAUCAUCUUCUCCUGCUUCGAACUGUUUCUAGCGGCGAUAGGCACGGUCGCCAACCUUGUCGUCGUGUACACGAUUGCUCGGAAUCGAAAGAUGAAGACGGUGCCAAACGUUUUCGUGCUGAACUUAGCGAUUGCAGACUUUAUUUAUUGCAGCAUGUUCCUCCCGUUCUGGGACACCGCCAACUUGUCCGUCCAUGGGUGGAUCUACGGAAGACCGAUGUGUAACGUGGUGGUGGCGGUCUGCAACAUCAGCGUCAACUCCAGCAUCUUGUUCUUGACGGCCAUGAGCAUCGAGAGGUACCGCGCGGUGGCGGACCCCAUCGGGCACGUACAGCGCCAGUCUCUGAAGAAGACCUGGCUCAUCAGCGGGGCGAUUUGGGUUGCCGCUGUCCUCAUGAGCCUGCCGUUUGCCGUGUUCACAACGACAAAAAACACGAACAUUGGUGGCAUCAUCCACACAACUUGCCAGCCUGAGGCGCCUGGCAACAUGGACUUCUGGCAAUACAACCUGUUGAUCUCCAUGUGGCGCUUCCUGGCAUGGUUCGCUGUUCCUCUGCUGAUCAUCACGCCUUUAUAUGCUCUCCUCUUCAAGAAACUGCGCAAUGAGGGCGUGUUACUCCACAUCGGGAGGGAGACGAUCCAGUCUCGGAACCGCGUCACGAGGAUGGUUGCAGUCGUCGUCUUCAUCUUCAUCCUGUCCUGGCUCCCCUUCCAUGUCUACAACCUGGUCAUCUUCUUCAGUCCCAAAACGGGAACCUACCCCGAAGCCGUUAAUUACCUGGUCGCCGCACUAUCGUCGGCAAAUUCGACUGUUAAUCCCUUUCUAUACGCGCUACUCGGAGAGAAGUUCCGCAUCUAUACACGGAAGGCGCUGCUAAGCUGCUGCCCGUGCGAAAACUCCGACCCUCUGACGACAACCACGGAGGCCGUUGUCGCCAAGUGUAGAUCUCACAAGAGAGCGAAGACCUGGUACCCACGGGCUAACUGGAACAGGGGAAACGACUCGGUCAAGUUCAGCUCAGAACGUGACCCAAAGGAUUACAAGGACUACAGUGAGUUAAAGCCGAUCCGUCGGCAUAAGUCGUUCUGAGCAGUCAUGAACAAAUGCUGUUCGACGAUACAGACAAGUAUUGACUACUGAGUAAGCAUAUCUAAGACUAAGUUCACAAGUUGGGUUCCAGGAACUUGAUGUGAACUACGCUGUUUUCAGCUGCAGCUCUCGACUUAUUGUAAAAAUGACUCUGCUUAGACCAGGAAAGUCGAACGCAAGAAAGUCCAACUUCUGAUGUACCCUAGUAAAUACUCAUGGACGUGCAGGUCUCCAUUGGGCACCUGAUAAUUAUCGCAUCAGCUGUAUUUUGUAAGAUGAGAUGUCCAAGACAUCAACAGAAAUUCGUAUAUGGUACACUAUGUACAGAGAGCCAAGCUAUGAACAGCACUUAAGUCAAAUGGAACAUGAAAUGUCGAGAUCUAUAUGUAGAAAUUAUAAAUUAUGUGUUAAAACAGACAUACUUGAGGUCGGUAGAAACCGUUAAAUACUUUUCGGAAAUCAAGUGCGUGGUGUCGAUACCAUGAUAUCUCCACGUUAGAUGUUGCAAUGUUGUCUGUCAGUGUAAAGUAACGUGUUCACGUACAUGUAGGUACGUGUUUAUCAUAAAAUGGUGCUUGCAUUGUUCUUUUCAUGGUACUCUCAAGUCUACAGAAUGACCGAGCUUUUAGCAAUAAUUGUACAUGUCAUCUGGCCAGCAUCCGGCACUCACUACAGCGCGCCGUAGGAAUGCCCAAAUGGGUAGGACUAUGGAGUUAUGCAAAAAAAGGUGGAUCGGGUCUGACCAUGUUAGGUAAUUACAAAACAUAAAUGGAGGACACUUUCAAAGUUAUCCUACUAUUACAAAGUCUAAACGAGGUACGAUCGUCAUGGGGCGUAGGCUUUUAAUGGGGUGCGUCGCUACAUUUUAGACAGACAUGUCACGUUGAAGUCUUUUAGGGUAAUGUUCUCUCGUGAACGCCAUUUGUCUCUGGGGAAAAAUGGUCACGAUGCAUGGCUUUCAUCUGUAAUGGGGUUGGAAAAGCGAGAAACUUUUAAAAAGUAUAUUUCUACCUUGCUGUAAAGCGUGCUUGUUGAGACUGUACUUUGCUCAAAAUGUGCAAAUAAAAGAAAUUGUAAGACUUUCUC